UACUUCUACAGCGAACUGGCGUAGAGGAAACUGCGCGACGCGGACAACAGGCUGUUCGCGCACGCGCAGGAGCUGCUGGCCGAGGCGCGGCGCCACAACAGGCCCGACUACGCGCUGCGCAAGGCUCUCGAUCGCUACUGUUCGCUGUACCGCCUGCACCCGAUGCCGGAGCUUCCGAAGACGUUACAGUCGCACUUCCCUGACUACGGGCCCAAGGAUUCCUGCAUGGCAGACCCGGGGUAUAAGCCCGAGCCCCCACCGCAGCCCGAACCUGAUGAGGAGGCUCCGCCCCGGGCAGCUGGGGACCACAACAAUGUUGGCAAGAGAAGCGGCUUGCAGCCCGCUCUGAACGGUGACAAGGCGGGGCCGUCUGCGUCUGCCUCUGUCGAGGAGACAGUGGCGGACUAUAAGAGAGUCGGGCGCGCCAACGGUCUGCAGAGGACGCCUGCUGAGUGUGACCUAUUCAAGCUCCCCCCCAUCUCCGUGGUCCCCUGCCAAACGCCGAGCUGCCCUUGCCCGUUGAAGAAUUAAAUAAAACAAACAUAUACAAAAUAUUAAUUUAUUAUAGUGUUGUCACGUCUAGAGAGCUAUGGCACCGUGGCUGUGACUAGACACGUGGUGGUCCUGUUACUAUUACAUUAGUAGGGUUGUUCGGUAUUCCAUUCGGUAAGUGCUUACUAUAAACCUUAUUACAAUGCAUUAAGGCCCAUAGUUGGACAAUUAGACACUUUUAUAAGUUACAAAGACGUAUUAGACUCUUAAAAUCACAGAUACUGAAAAAAGAGAUGUUGCUUACAGGCCGCGUUAUAAUGUCUGCACUAUAAUUUCGAAAUCAUGAUACCAAAUUAUAAACAUGAAAAUAGGUCGUUAUUUUUUUUGCUUUGUGGUACAGUUUUGUAUACGAUUACGUAAACUAAUUUUUAUAUUUCGAAAUAACUUUUAUUGUUAAGUUAGUAAAAGUUGUCGAUGUAGCUUAUACCAGUGACCGUGCUACCGAAGUACACCAACUGUAAUUGUUCGUUGCGUCCAUACAAGACUAAAUUAAACUAGCUUACUAAAAUAAAUCUUUGGUCAUAUU